CAUAUCCAGGAGCAAUAUACUACCGUGCUUUGUGCCCCCGACGAACGAAGAAGAAGCCAAUAACUUUUAACCUUUCUGCUGACCGCGAAACAUGCAUCGAACCCUUCCUUCCGCCCGCGAAUUGGCAACAUGUAAACAACAACGAUUUUCUGCGUGGAAGCCCUGGACCGUGGGCGCCCCAAACGUUGCGCCGCGUGCUCCCACCGCUAGCGUGCGCUGUGUGGCUGCCGCCGUCGCCCAACCCGCGGCCGCACCAUUGGUCGCCUCCCACGCCUCCCACGCCACAACUCCAGCUCACCCAAUCCCAGCAGAUGACACCCAUGAUGCCGAGCAGCUGCCCGCACUGCCCACGUGGACGCCGCCCGCCAAUCGGCCCGGCCUGUACGACCAGCAGGGGCGGCUGGUGCUGAAGGCGCUGACGCUGCCGGAGCUUGAGGCGUGGUGCGCGGCUCAGGGCGAGGCAGCGCCCGCCAACCGGGCGUUACAAAUCUGGCGAUGGAUGUAUGCGGACCCACCGGCGGGGUCGUGGGUGCGCAGCCUGGAGGAAACCAUGGGGCGGCAGAACGGGUUCGCCGCCAAGUUCGUGGAGAAAGUCGGGCCGCACGUGAGCCUGGAGGGCGGCCUGAAGCUGAGCCAGGUGGUGCGCGCCAGCGACGGCACCCGCAAGCUGGUGUUCACGCUGUUGGGUGGCGAGGCGGCGGGCGGCAGCAUCGAGACGGUGCUCAUCCCGGUGGUGCGGCAGCAGGGGCUGCGGGACCGCCUCACCAUCUGCGUGUCGUCGCAGGUGGGCUGCGCCAUGAACUGCCAGUUCUGCUACACGGGGCGCAUGGGGCUGCUGGGCAACCUGUCCACUGCGCAGAUCGUGGAGCAGGUGGUGGAGGCGCGCCGCUUCCUGGCGCAGGAGGGUGACCGCACUCCGCUGACCAACCUGGUGUUCAUGGGUAUGGGCGAGCCACUGCACAACACGGAGGCGGUGCUGGCGGCCGCGGACAUCGUCAGCCACUACCUGGGGCUGCACAUCUCGCACAACAAGAUCACGAUCAGCACUGUGGGCCUGGUGCCGGAGAUGCGGGCGGUGCUGGCACGCACACGCGUCCAAGUGGCGCUGUCGCUGCACGCCACCACCGAUGAGGUCCGCGACUGGAUUGUACCGGUGAACCGGCGCUACGACCUGGCGACCCUCACGGCCGCACUGGAGGAAAUGUUCCCCAAGGAGGAGGAAGCAGCCAUAGGCAGCCUGUCCUCUUCGGACGAGGCGGCGGCUGCAGCAGUCUCACACGAGGCGGCGGCGGCGGCGGCGGGCAGCAGUAGCAGCUUGGGUGCUGCCGCAGACGUGAGCUCGGGCCCCGAGUCGGAGCGGUGGCUGCCGCCCGUCGAGCAGCUGGGCAGCGACGCCCCGUCCAGCAGCAGCAGUGGCAGUAGCAGCAGCGAGGCCGGGAAAGGCAGUAGCAAGGAGGGUCGCAGCCUGCUGGUGGAGUACACCAUGUUGCACGGCAUCAACGAUACAUUGGAUGACGCUCACCGGCUCGCGGACAUGCUGCGGCGCGUGAACUGCAAGGUCAACCUCAUUGUGUUCAACCCGCACAAGGGCACGCGGUUCCAGCCCUCCACGGAUGAGGACAUCAGCGCCUUCCGCUCCGCACUCAUCCGGAGCGGCAUGGUGUGCACCAUCCGGGACAGCCGAGGCGACGACGAGAUGGCGGCGUGCGGCCAGCUUGGCAACGUGGGGCUGUCCUUUCGGCCUUCGCCCAUCCUGGACGCGCCUGAGCGCUUCCGCAAGUUCCUCCUACCGCCUAGCCCCGCAGUCGCAACAAAGCAGGCCGCAACCAGCCCAGCGGUGGCAUGAACCCUGACGGCCUGACUGUGUUUGAUGUCAACGUUGUGAGCUUUUGGUGGUUCAGCGGUGGUCCACAGAGUGCAGGUGUGGCGCAUCCUCGGCUUCAAUGGUAUGGUAUUGGAGGCGGUGAUGGGUGUGCGAUGGAACAGUGUUCAAGGCAGGUUGGCCGUUGGCGGUGAUGGGGCAUGAUUACCACGACCCACGGCCGCAUUCAGGGUUCGUUUCGUUUCUCCACCCACGCAUGCCAAGAGGGUUUACGCGCCAGGGGAAGAGUACAACCGAGGCCUUUCGCGAGCGAGCCGGCGCAUGAGUGUGAGCGCAGUGGCUUAAGCUGGCUUAGGAGGAGGGGCUUAGGAGGACGGCACAGUGAGGCAGGGAGGCGUGCAUGGGAGGUGUGCCGCACG